AUGGACGCCAUUUAUAACAAUCAUAAUUUUUUAUCCGUGUGUGAAUUUUUACCAAAUCAUUUGUAUUUUGUUACCGUUCAAAAUAUAAAUAAUGGCGGAUCUUGCGAUGCUAUCAUACCCCACACCGACAACAUACAUUUUUUCAACACGGACAACGAAUUUAUUUAUCAUAAUUUCUACGGUGAUUUCGGACCUUUAAACAUAACCUGCUUGUAUAAAUUUUGUAAAAAAUUAACGAAUAAAUUAGCCACAUACGGCGGCGAUGUUUUCUACGAAAGAUUUAACAAUUCGAGAUUCGGUAGAAAAGAAUUGACGGAAAAACUACGUGGAAAAUUCGUUAAAAAAAAAAUCAUUGUUUAUUACACGUCAACGAAUAAUGAGAAAAGAGCCAACGCCGCAUAUUUGAUCGGUGGCUAUGCCGUUUUGUAUUUGGGAUUCAGUCCUAGAUUAGCAUACAAAGUUUUGCAACCUAACAAAAUGAGGUAUCGUCCGUUUCAAGAUGCUUCCGUCGGCGUGUCACCCUAUAAGAUAAACAUGAAAAAUUGUUUGGAUGCCCUACACAAAGCGAGCAUAUUCGGAUUUUUCAAUUUCAACGAUUUCAACACGAUCGAAUGUUCUCAUUACGAAAACAUCGAACACGGGGAUUUGAAUUGGAUAGUCCCCCAAAAAUUUAUCGCUUUCCCCGGUCCCGUCGAAGAAAAAAACGAUUACUAUCAUCAUCCCUAUUUUUACAUUGAAUAUUUUUUAUCCAAUCACGUGACGGAUGUCGUUCGUUUAAAUCAGAGAGCAUACGAUGCCAAAUGUUUUACCAUGUUUAACAUAAGACAUCACGAUUUGUACAUGCAAGACGGUGCCGAUCCUCCCGAGGGAAUAUUAAAAACUUUUUUAAAAAUUGCUGAAAGUGCUCCCGGUGCCAUUGCAGUUCAUUGCAAGGCUGGCUUGGGAAGAACAGGUUCCCUUAUCGGCGCCUAUUUAUUAAAACAUUAUAGAAUGACUGCAAAAGAAGCCAUUGCUUGGAUAAGAAUAUGUCGGCCGGGAUCCGUUAUAGGUCACCAACAAACCUGGUUGGAAAAUCACGAAGAAUCCCUUUGGUACGAGGGAAACGAAUGGAGGUACAAAAUCUACGGUAAGAAAGAAAUCGUACCGUUUUUACCGCACGGAAUUUACAGUAAGGAAACGCCCAAAUUAGAAUUUCCCGGUUUGAAAGACCUACUCAACAAUUUAACGAAAAGAUCGCGAUAUAGAUUCGUCGUUAAGAAUAGAUCUAAGAAAUCAAAGACAAAAUUACAACAAGUUAUUAAAAAUUUAUUGGACAACGGUAAGAGUACGAAAAUGGUAACUCCGACGGAAGACAUAGACUCGGAAAAAUUAUCGAUGAAUCCUUCCGGCGAACAAAACGUAUCCUUCGCAUUAAAACCAUCCGAAACGAUGAUGAUAAACGAGUUACAAACAAACAAUGACAAUCACAACAACAACAACCACCACCACAACAUACACAACAACAUGCACGGGAAAAAUUUACAUUAUUUAAAAUCUCCAUCAUCGUCGCUGUCGCAGCAACCGGAUAAAAAUUACGAACGUGGAAAUAAUUUACUUACCGGAAACGAUUACAUAAAUUCGGAAAAUUUAUCCAACGUUUAUCCGAAAUCAUAUUACAAUUCAUCAUCAUCAUCAUCAUCAUCCCCCUACGUUGGAAUCAUACAAAACGACCCCAAACUCCAAGCCAUGUAUUCGAAUCCGACGAAUUCGUUUUACACGUCUUAUCCCGUUCCAAACGAAUAUUCAUAUCAAUCCUACGAGAAAAAAAUAAAUCAUUUCCCACAGGAAACAAGUGGAACGUCAAAAAUAAUGACGUCAAAUCCGAAUAUUAAAUCUAACAACAACAUAUUACCCGACGGUUUUUCUAAUUCCACGUUUAACGUUUCGCAACAAAAUCAAAUGAUGAGAGGUGAUCAAAUGAUGCCCAUGGUAUAUUCCGCUCCCGUUUCUGCUUCACUCACCAAUUACAACACAAAACAAACAAAUGGUUUGUUGACAAAAUCAAUCGAUAAAAACUGGAAACAAACAAAUAAUAAUAAUAAUAAUAAUAAUAAUAAUAAUAAUAAUAAUAACAUAAAUAAUUCAAUGUUUAAAUAUUAUACAACGGAUAUCACAAAUAAAAAAUUUACCGGUAAAAGAAUCCAUGAAGGUGGUAAUGGUGGUGGUGGGGGGACGACGAUGGCGACGGCGACGUCUACGACCACGACGGAAGAUGUCUGCGCAUUCGACACGAGGGUUGAUACCAUAUCACAAUAUAGCAGAUUCAACAAAUCAUUUUUGAAUAAAAAUUAUUUCAAUACUACUACGAGAGAAAACGACGAUUAUAACAUGUUUACAAAUUCCGACAUUAAAACUCACAAUUACAUCAAUCAAAAUAAUAUUAAUAAUAAUAAUAAUCAGCAGCAGCAGAGGCAGGUAUUAGCAGACGACAAAUCCGCUCACGGUUUUUUAUUAUCACCGGAUGAUUUACAAUCGUGGGUGGAAACAUUCGACGAAAAAAUCGACGAUGUUCCGGAAAAUCAUAAAUAUAACAUGAGAUCAUCAUCACCCGUCGUUUGA